CGACGGACGGGCGGAUCGGUGGUGGACCUGACGUUCGCCACCCCCUCCGCCGCGCGCUCCGUGUCGGACUGGAGGGUGGAAGGGGGGGUGGAGACACUCUCGGACCACUUGUAUAUUCGGUUCGAGGUGUCGGCCGCCCCCCAAUGUCAGGCGGCAUCAUCGUCCCGGGUGUGCAGCCGGUUCCCGCGCUGGGCCCUUACGCGGCUUGACCGGGAGCUGGCGGAAGAGGCGGCCAUCGUCGGCCGCUGGAGCCUCCCGCCUCUAGACGGAAUGGGGGUGGACGACGCGGCUGACCGUCUCGGCGACGCUUUCACAGCGGUGUGCCGGGCGGCCAUGCCAAGCGUAGGUCGAGCCCCCCCUAGGCGGGCGGUCUAUUGGUGGUCGGCGGAGAUUGCCGCCCUUCGCGUCGCCUGCAACGCGGCCCGAAGGGCCUAUAGUCGAAGCAGGCGGCGCAGUCCCCGGGACGAGGAGAGGGAUGGUCAGCUGUAUGCGGUG